GAAAAAACUGAGGUCUCAUUCAUUAGUCGUUUGUUUGACGAAGAAAAAUCCCCCCAAUAUCUGAUUAAGUGAUAUCUCCAUCUUCAUUUCCUGGUGUGGUGGGUGGCUACUGCCCCCAAUUUUACGGGUAUUUAACGGUCUUCACAUGUCAUAUAAAUCAUAACUAUCUUACGCCACUCUUUCUCUCUCCACAUGUCUUUUUCUAGCCUAUAAUAUUCUUAUUCUCUAAUCAAUCCAUUCCAAUUUCAAUUUUUAAUACAACUACCAAAUCGAUCAAUUAAGAACCCUAGAAUUUCAAUUUCAAUUUCAAUUUUGUAGAAUAAACAAACAAACAAACAAUCAUGGAGGUGGAGAGAGAAAAUGGUCCGACGAUGAAAUCGGCCAUUGAACCUCCGACGAAUCCGAUGGUUUCGCCGUUACUUACAGAUCUUUAUCAGUUUACUAUGGCGUAUGCUUAUUGGAAAGCUGGCAAACACAAUGAACGUGCUGUGUUUGAUUUGUUCUUCCGAAGGAGUCCGUUUAAUGGUGAGUUUACCGUAUUUGCUGGUCUAGACGAGUGCCUAAGAUUCAUAGCCAAUUUCAAGUUUACGGAAGAGCAUGUUGCUUUUAUCCGAGAUGCCAUGCCCGGUAAAUGCGAGGAGGGUUUUUUGGAUUAUCUUCGACAACUGGACUGUUCCGAAGUUGAAGUCUACUCCAUACCGGAGGGAUCAAUUGUUUUUCCUAGGGUACCCCUUAUAAGGGUGGAAGGACCAGUUGGUGUGGCUCAACUACUAGAAACAACGCUUGUCAAUCUUGUCAAUUUUGCAUCACUGGUGGCUACUAACGCUGCAAGGCACCGAAUUGUAGCUGGAAAUUCCAAAAUACUACUUGAAUUCGGUCUUAGACGGGCACAGGGACCCGAUGGAGGAAUUAGUGCAUCAAAGUACUGUUAUAUGGGUGGUUUUGACGCAACAAGCAAUGUUGCAGCUGGAAGAUUGUUUGGAAUACCACUCAAGGGAACACACUCACAUGCCUUUGUUAGCUCAUUUAUGAGCCUUGAUGAGAUUGUGGAGAAAUCACUUCAAAGUGCUGAUGGUUCUACUACUUGUGAGGACUUUGUCAGUUUGGUUCAGACGUGGUUAAACAAAAUUCAGAGAACGAAGUUCUUGACUGGUGGCGUCGGUGAGACAAAUUUGAGUGAGUUAGCAGCUUUUACUUCCUAUGCCCUGGCGUUCCCUGAUAAUUUUCUGGCUCUAGUUGACACAUAUGAUGUUUUGAGGAGUGGAAUUCCAAAUUUUUGUGCAGUUGCUUUGGCUCUGAAAGAUCUAGGGUACAAGGCUAUGGGCAUUAGGUUGGAUUCUGGUGACCUGGCGUAUUUGUCUUGUGAGGCUCGUAAGUUUUUUCAGGUGAUUGAGAAAGAGUUUGGAGUACCAAAUUUCGGAAAGAUGAGUAUUACUGCUAGCAAUGACCUCAAUGAGGAAACCCUAGACCAUUUGAACAAACAGGGUCAUGAGGUUGAUGCGUUUGGAAUAGGAACCUACCUGGUUACAUGCUAUGCUCAAGCUGCGCUAGGUUGUGUCUUCAAGCUCGUUGAGAUUAAUAACCAGCCCCGUAUGAAGUUAUCUGAAGAUGUUUCUAAGGUAUCUAUUCCAUGUAAAAAAAGAUGUUACAGAUUGUAUGGGAAAGAAGGAUACCCGCUUGUAGAUUUGAUGAUAGGAGAAAAUGAACCGGCUCCAAAGGUAGCAGAGAGAAUUCUCUGCCGUCAUCCAUUCAAUGAGUCCAAAAGAGCUUAUGUAGUACCCCAGCGAGUUGAGGAGCUAUUGAAAUGUUAUUGGAGAGGUAGCUCAGAAAAAAUUAGAGAAGAAAUGCUACCUCUGAAAGACAUCAGAGAUCGAUGUAUAAGGCAGCUGGAACAAAUGCGUCCGGACCACAUGAGGAGAUUGAAUCCUACACCAUACAAGGUGAGUGUGAGUGCCAAGCUUUACGACUUCAUUCAUUUUCUAUGGCUCAAUGAAGCACCUGUAGGAGAAUUACAAUGAGUUUCAUCGAGGUUAGGCUCCACAUGCGUCGUGUUAUAGGCGACAAAGCAGCAAUCAGCCAAAAAAUUGCAAGAAAUCUCCAAAUGCAAACAAACUCCCAUUUAUGUGUACAUGUUAUUUUAUAUUUGCUUUUCCCCUCCUGGUUUUUCCAUUUAUAUGUCAGAUGAGAUCACAAUAUAAUUCAUUUUUUUUUUCGAUGACAAAGUGUAAUAAGUUUCUUUUUCUUUUUUUGGCUUUACUAGCAUUUUGUUGUCAGUGUAAUAUAUAUUUGAAGUCUUUGGUGAUCUAA